GAUAAAAACAGGUUCACUGCUCCUUGGCCACUCAUAUAGAAUCCACCUCUGCUUCUUUGCCUCUACCUUCCCUCCAUCUCUUAUCUCCAAAUGGAAGUUUCAGGUGCCAGAGCCGCGGUCUAUGUGGGUUUGGUUAGCAUAGUGAUUGCGUUGGCAUGGAGGGUGUUGAACUGGGUUUGGUUCAGGCCAAAGAGACUAGAAAGGUUCCUGAGACAACAAGGUCUUUCUGGCAAUUCGUAUCGAUUUCUAUUUGGAGACUUGAAGGAUAGCUCCACGAUGACGAAGGAAGCAAAAUCAAAACCCAUGAAUCUCUCACAUGAUAUAACUCCACGUGUCCUCCCAUAUCUCCAUCACACGGUCAAUACUUUUGGUAAGAAUUGUUUUAUAUGGGAUGGCCCCAAUCCAAGGACGAUCAUUACGAAUCCAGAAGAUGUUAAGGAUGUCUUCGCCAAAUAUGACGACUUCCAAAGGCCCAAUUCAAAUCCACUUGUACAGUUGCUAGCAACAGGUCUUUCAAGUUACGAGGAUGAGAAAUGGGCCAAACACCGCAGGAUUAUCAACCCAGCAUUCCACAUUGAGAGGUUGAAGAAAAUGGUACCAGCGUUUGAUGCAUGUUGCAGCGAGAUGAUUAGUAAAUGGGAGGUUUUGGUGUCAAAAGAAGGGUCAUGUGAGUUGGAUAUAUGGCCUUAUCUACAAAAUUUGUCAGCUGAUGUGAUCUCCAGAGCAGCCUUUGGGAGUAGCUACCAAGAAGGACGAAAAAUAUUCCAACUGCUAACAGAGCAAGCUCAACAUGUAAUGAAACUUCUUCAGACUGUUUACAUUCCAGGAUGGAGGUUUCUGCCUACAAAGAUGAACAAGAGGAUGAAGGAAAUUGACAAGGAAAUAAAAGCUUCACUCGAGGACAUAAUCAACGAAAGAAAGAAAGCGAUGAAAAUGGGAGAUGGAACUAAAGAUGACUUAUUAGGCAUACUUUUGGAGUCCAACUUUAAAGAAAUCCAACAACAUGGAAACAAGAAGAGUGUUGGAAUGAGUACUGAAGAUGUGAUCGAGGAAUGUAAGCUAUUCUACUUUGCAGGCCAAGAUACCACAUCAGUGCUGCUUGUUUGGACCAUGGUUUUAUUAAGUAUGUAUCCAAAUUGGCAACACCGUGCAAGAGAAGAGGCUUUGCAAGCUUUUGGUAACAAGAAGCCUGACUUUGAUGGCUUAACCCACCUUAAAGUUGUUACAAUGAUUUUGAAUGAGGUGCUUAGGUUAUAUCCACCGGUGCUUACAUCUGAUCGAAAGGUUCACAAGAAAACACAACUGGGAAAGUUGACAAUACCAGCUGGAGGGCAUAUCUCCUUACCAACAGCGCUUUUUCAUCAUGACAAAGAACUGUGGGGUGCAGAUGCAACCGAGUUCAAUCCAGAAAGGUUUUCUGAAGGAGUUUCAAAGGCUACGAACGGUCGAGUUUGUUUUUUCCCUUUUGGCGGGGGACCCCGGAUUUGCAUUGGACAAAACUUUUCCUUGGUGGAAGCAAAAAUGGCUUUGUCAAUGAUUCUACAGAACUUCACAUUUGAGUUAUCCCCAUCCUAUGCUCAUGCUCCUCAUAGUGUCAUUUUUCUUAAACCACAAUUUGGAGCUCAUAUUAUUUUACACAAACGUAAUUAAUACUAAAAAAUUACGAAUAACAAAUAUAUUUAUAUAUGUACUAUUCAGAUACAUGUUUGUAUCAAUUAAAACAUAUGGAUUUUGGAUGUAAUUGUUAUUAUAUAUAUAUAUAUAUGUGCAUAUAUUUAUAAAA